UGUUGUAUUGUGCGCGCUCCCGUCAGCUGCUCGUGCCCGCGCUGUGCAGAGGAAACACGCGCUCGGGAAUCUGUUCACUGUUUGUUUGUUUGUAUUGGAAGAUAAAGUGUGAAGAAGAGCGACAGCAGCUAAAGUUUGCAAUGAAACCCGGACUGUGAGGGUCCUCAGUGAUUUAACAGCAGCGGAUGGAGUGUCCGUACAGAAGCCGCUCCAAACACACUGCAGCUGGCGGCGUGUCGAGCAGCCGGUCCGUCAUGAAGAAGAAGAGCUCGCACAGGCACAAACACACGCAUCACGCCGGUCAGGCUGCGUCUCACACAGAAAGCAUCGUCGGCUGUCGAAUCCAGCACGGGUGGAAGGAGGACGUCUUCAGCCCGGUGUCUCGGUGGUCGGGGACGGUGUUAGUCCAGGUGCCGGUCAACCCCUCUCUCUACCUCAUCAAGUACGACGGUGUGGACUGCGUCUACGGCCUGGAGAUCUUCAAAGACCAGCGGGUUCAGAAUCUGGAGGUUCUGCCCGGGGAAAUCGCCUCGUUUCGGGUCAGUGACACUCGUCUUGCGGACAGGCUGCUGGGACGGCCCGUGGUCCACAUGUUCGAAACGGACGACGGCUCCAAGGACGACUGGAGGGGUCUGGUGCUGUCCAGAGCUCCCAGCAUGCCUGCGUGGUUCUUCAUCACGUAUGAGAAAGACCCCAUGCUGUACAUGUACCAGCUGAUGCAGGAUUAUAAAGACGGAGACCUGCGGAUACUUCCAGAGUCAGGUCCGGAGUUCAGAGAGCCGGGAGAAGUGAGCGACUCUCUGGUCGGGAAGCAGGUGGAGUGUCUGAAUAAGGAAGGAGCUCAGAGGAUGGGCACGAUCAUCCAGCAGGUUCAGGCCAAACCCUCCGUCUACUUCAUCAAGUUUGAUGAUGACUAUCACAUCUACGUCUAUGACAUGGUUGGAUCUUAAUCAUCACACGUUCCAUCUGUUCGUUAUAUAGAAGCAUCCGAUGCCUUUUCCAGUGUUUUUGAUGCGUCUGUUUCCUGCUGAAAGUUUGAGAAUAAAACAAUCUUUUACAGCACAGGGUUAGUUCAGAAUGUCAGAUAUUCAAGAGUCUUUGGUUUCUUGUAUUGUAAAUACUCUCUCUCUCUCUCUCUCUCUCUCUCUCUUUAUGUUGUGUAUUAAUUAAAAACAUUUAUCAUUAACAUAAGGAGUGCUAACUCUUCACAUCACUGUGUUCCUCGUUUUGUGUUCGUCUCCACUAAAGAUUAAAUACUCGAGUAUUUGACUAAACCAAC